ACGUAGUUUAUGGACAAAAUCGGAAUAUACUUUUACCACCAGCGUAAAUAAAAAGUCUGUGUUGGUACCUUUUUAGAUAGCUACUAACAUGUGCAUUCCUGCCUUUAUUUACCAACAUAAUAAAAACUCUCCAGAUUUGACAUAAAGUCAUAAUUAACACGUCAAAUGUAGAAGAAAGAUUUGUUGCCAGAUUUAUUAGAUUCCAUCUUCUUUUGUUACGCAAAAUGUCAAAAUUAUAGUGAAUUGAAAAAAUAAAGUAAUUAAAAAAUUCCCAUCCCCUAAAAUAAAGUUACGAUGGCGAAGCAGGAUGACGGCCUCUUCCUCCUGGAGGUACUCAUCGACAAGAUAGUUUUUGUGAAGAGUCCCUGUUUCUCUGACAAGGAUUUUAGGACCUGUGUUACUAUAGAAUGUCCUGCAGUCGAACCUCUUGAAAUAUGUGAUGACGACCCAGGUUCCUGUGUCGCGAAAAGUGGGGGACCCUUCGUGAAAACAUUCAACAGCGGCAAAUCUUGUCUGUUCUCACUCUUAGAGGGAGACAUUACCAAAGCUAUGAGUAACUUCCCCAUAAAAAUAUCUGUAUACAAGUCACUCCCAUGCGGUUGCCUGCCGACUAAAAUCGUUAUGGGGGAAGCGACAAUAGAUAUGACUAAAGAGUUUAUUCAAGCUCGUAAAAAGUUUUUGGAAGACCCAACAAAUGUUAGCUAUCAAGCGCUGAAGGAUUCCUUUCGUAUCGUUGGCCCAGACGGUGCUGAGACUGGUGAAAUUGUCAUGUUUCUACGUAUAUCUUGCUUCGGGAAACUGAUAAUAACUAGGUUCCAAGGUGCAAGUGGCCCACCGAAUUUAGGAGCCGGUGGGCAGGGACAGUCUAUCGUUGAUCGGUCAUGCAAUCCUCGAAAAGAAUUUCAAACAUCGCAAGACCCCUGUGUUUGUGGAGCAGCUCAAGCAGCAGCUGCUAUAAGACCAGGGUCGGGCGUUCCUUGCACUGCGCCCUGCAGAUCGGGCAUGGGCAGAGGCGGCGUUUGCCCCACAGCACAAGAUCCAUACAAUUCCAUGCCAUGUGAAGAUCCAGAUGAUCCGUGCUUUUGUUCUGGUCCCAAACCACCACCAAAACAACCAAUGAUAUGCCGAAAUACGGACCAUUACUGUUUGCAUGUUCCCAAAGGUGCCCUGCCGAGCUUGCCGAUUUAUCAAGAUUUGACGGAAGAUCAAAUUAUGGAACUCAAAACACUCAACAAGGAAUCGCAACUUCAUCACGUUGAAGACCAAAUCAUCAAUAUAUUCAAAAACGGAUCAUCAAUACCAUGUUCUGAGACAGCUACUAUGGUCGAUGAACUUUUACAAGCCUAUCCCGAACAAUCCAAAUUUUCUUCAGAAUCAGUUCAAGCUAAAUUCGAUCACUCUCUAAGUUCUUUGUAUACCAUCAGGUCUAAGAGGCGCAGCGUCUCGUUCUCUGACAAAGUAGAUUAUGUGUCGAAAUCGUACAGUCAUUUCUCUAGUUACCGAAAAAAAGAAUACAGUGAUAUGCCUAAAAGUAUGUUUGGUAAAAAGGAAACGGUUUAUAUGACGCUGUUCAAAGAUUUCUGCCGCCAUCGUACAUCAGGAACACAAGCAACAGCUUCCAUAAACAAAUGCCUGCAAGUGUCUCACAGUAACGCCAUUAAUAAUUACUUUGUUAACGAUCCUAUUUCGAACUAUAGCUCCACAUGUAAUACAUCAACUAUACCCUAUUCAGAUUGUCCAAAACAAGUUGUGCAGGAUAACAAAGUAAAAUACUCAGAUGUAUAUUUUUUUGGUAAAAAAAGAGACCAUAACGAGGGGAUGGGAGGCACAAGUAAGAUGAAAAAACAUCAGAAACAACCGCAGAAAGUCACAGCUGCUCAAGUUCAAAAUGACCCCGUGAAUUUAAAUACAGCCUCGGUGCAAGCUCAGUCACCAAACAACACUACUGCAGCACAAACUAAAAGAACUUCUAAUGGAAGUAAUAACGCAAAACUAGUUUCUAUUAAAGACACAAAGCCAUGUCCAUCAACACCUGGUGGUACUAAAGGCGACAUGGUUGCUACAGUAUCGCAUAUUAGAAUUGGACCAAGAGAUCCGUGUCCCGUGCACGGAAUGCAACCCUGCCAAGGACCUCGAUGUAUUGUAGCUGCUUCGGGAGCCGAUGAACAGGCACCUGUUAAGGUUUCCACGAUGACUAAUCCCCGCCGAGGAGUGUUUGAAUUAGUAAUUCGUAGGAUGAACGGAGCUCCACUGGCAAGGAAUGAACUAAUGCUUGAGUGGACUCCACCACCAAGCCGACCGUGUGGCUCACCAUGUGGUAGUCCAUGCGGUCCUAUGGGUCCAUUUUGCCGACCAUCUAAAUGCAAGAUGAUUGUUUGCCGACCUACACCGUGCAGGCCGCCCAGAUGCUGUAAAAAGGCAUGUAAAAAGCCAUGUGGGCCCAUGCCAUGCCGACCGGUGCCAUGCCGACCAGUACCAUGCCGACCGGUGCCAUGUAAGAGGUGCUGCAAGACGCCUUGUUGUGGAAAGUCUUGUCAACCCUGCAAGCCUUGUGUGCCCCCACCACGAUGCAGGCCGGCAUGUGUACCACCGCGUUGUAGACCAUGUAUUCCGAAAAAAUGCAGGCCCUGCCCUCCACCGCGAUGCAACCCUUGUGCUCCACCAGUAUGCAGUCCAUGCUCUCCACCGAGCUGUUGCCCACCCCCGCGAUGCAGGCCCUGCCCGCCGCCGCGGUGUAAGCCUUGCCCGCCUCCGCGGUGCAGGCCUUGCCCGCCACCACGAUGCAAGCCCUGCCCUCCACCACGAUGCAGGCCUUGUCCCCCUCCACCAUGCAAAGCUCCUUGCCUACUACCUUGUGGUCAGCCACCCUGCGGGGCAUCUUGUAGCUCGCCUUGCACUUCUCCAUGCAAAAGCUCACCCUGCUUAAGACCCUGCCCCGUUGGGUACAGGAAACUUCCUCGUAAGACUCGCAGCCAACCAAAAAUUAAAGCACAUCGUAAAUUUAUAUCUCCUUGCUUAAACCGCUCUAAAGCUUGUCCAGUGGUACGUUCUCGCAGCGUACCUGGACCUUGCAUCACAUGUUGCAGUGCAUCUAUAUGCCCACCUAGGAAGUGUUGCUCGGUCUUUCCCUGCCCAUCACGCAAGUAUUGCCCUAUAUACGUUUGCUCGGCAAGAAAAUGUUUUCCUAAGCCCUGCCCGCCUGCAAAAUGCUGCCAGCUACCAUGCCCACCACGGAAGUGCUGUUCGGUGUAUCCCUGCAAGCCAGUAAAGUGUUGCAAGAGCAGCUGCUCGACUUGCUGUUAAUAUCAAAACAUCAUCAACUAUGACGUUUAUAACAAAUUUAUAUAAUUACGUAAAUAAACAUAUUUUAAGAAGACAUGGUAGUGUUUCAAAUAAUGGAUUGAUUUAAUAAUAUAGACAAUUAUAGCCGUGCUUUUGAAGAAACAACGGUAAGUGGGCACGCUCGGCAUGGCAUGCAAGGCUGAUUACACCUCACAUCUUUGUAAUUCAGUUGCGUAUAUUUAGACAUAGACGCUUCGAUUGUCCGGUCAUAUUUUAUGUAAUACAUUCUAUGCGGAUUGUCGGACAUUAGUGCUGUAAACAUAUAACUAUAUUAUUUUCUUCUAUAUUUCACUCUUAAGAUUUAAAUAUUAUAAGGACAUACGGACAAUCUUUGCGAGUUGAAUUUCUAAUAUCAUUUAAUAAUUAUAUUUUGAUACAGCACAGCGAAGAAUUACUAUAAAAUCUGGUCUCGUGAUUAAGUUGCUGAAAUGUGCAGUGAUAUUAACAAAUGAAGACAGAAGAUUGUCCAAGUAUUGUCAACAAAGUCAUGUCGUAGAAUAAAAGUUUACUCAUGUAUCUUUUGCAAACGAAGUUUUCGUAAUACACCCACGAUGCCACACUAGUUACAAAUAUAAGACAUACUAAUAUCAA